CCGGUCCGCGCAGCCAGUGCUGCUCCCGCCGAGGCGGCGGCGGCGUAGUCGGCGGCGGCUGCCCCUCUCCGGCGCCCGGCCCUAGGGGGUCGCCGGCUCCCCUCCCCAGCUCUCCAGCGCCUGGCUCCAUCUCGGCCCCGGUCAUGGCGUGCGGAGCCACUUUGAAAAGGACUCUGGAUUUCGACCCGCUGCUGAGCCCGGCGUCUCCCAAGCGGCGGCGAUGUGCGCCAUUGUCGGCGCCCGCCUCGGCCGCCGCCUCCCCGUCGUCGUCGGCAGCCUCCACCGCCGCCUCCUUCUCGGCCACCGCCGCCUCGCCGCAGAAAUACCUCCGGAUGGAGCCGUCCCCCUUCGGCGAGGUCUCCUCUCGCCUCACUACAGAACAAAUUCUGUACAACAUAAAACAAGAAUAUAAACGUAUGCAGAAAAGAAGACAUUUAGAAACUAGCUUCCAACAAACAGAUCCUUGCUGUUCUUCUGAUUCACAGCCACAUGCAUUUCUCCUCAGUGGACCAGCUUCUCCAGGCACUUCAUCUGCAGCAUCAUCACCAUUAAAAAAAGAACAGCCCCUCUUUACUCUAAGGCAGGUUGGGAUGAUAUGUGAACGUUUGCUGAAAGAACGUGAAGAGAAGGUUCGUGAAGAGUAUGAAGAAAUAUUGACCACAAAACUUGCAGAACAAUAUGAUGCAUUUGUGAAAUUUACGCAUGAUCAGAUAAUGCGACGAUAUGGAGAACAGCCUGCUAGUUAUGUUUCAUGAAUCACGUUUCCUGCAUUUGUGGGCUGCCCAGUUCCCUGUUCAGUUGUUGCAAGUGGUCCCAGUUAAGACUUGCAGCAAUGCCAUAUUUCUCCCCCUCCCCCUGUGAACACAGGUUAUUUCAAGCUUUUGUCAGUGGCAAAACCACUCUUAGGCAGCAACUGGUUUUGGAGUGCUCCCUGAUGUCAAUACCACCUGGAUGUGGACUGUUGCUACCUGUAUUAAUACCAGUGGCCUCAUUUGCUGUAUCAUUACAAUUUGGCUUCUUAUGUUAAUGAUAUGUUUGGAAAAGAUUAAAGCUGGUGUUCUAGAAAAUGCCCUUCAUUGGUUGUGUAAAUAAAACUGUAGAAUGACA